UCUCAGAACACAUCCAGUUGUCACUUCAACUUCUCAACAAUGAACGGAAGACGCUCUCUGCGAAGAAGUCCAGACCAAGACUUUGAAGAUAACCCAAAUGCUUGUGACAAUACUCCCAGUGGGUCAAGAGGAUCAGGCAGGGAGCAGCCAAGGAACUGGUACUUGCACAAUUCCGUGGGAAAUUGCCCCAGAAACUCUAUUAGCUCCUCUAGCCAAGUGACUUCAAAUAAUGAAGAGGGACAAGAACGUGAGGGACAUGCAUCAGAAAGAGGACAAGUGAUGUUUACCCGAGAAGUCGUUCGAAGGCAGGACAGCUCUAGUACCUUGCCAUCUGCCAGUUCUCAGCGGAGUGUGCUAAGAUGUGUAUGCAAUGUUCCUUGCCUUGUGAUGCUGCCUGUUAUCUGCCUCCUAGAAAACCUCUUGGAGGCUUGCAUCUGUGUAAGAAACCAGUUCACUAUGGCAAACUGUACGAAGUCUUUCAAGUUCUUGUUAAUAGCAGUCCCAUUCAUCUAUGGUGCCAUUUACUGCUUGUGUCUAUACAUGAAAUUGUCAGAUGGUUUGUCAUCCAAGGAGCUCACACAGCUAUAUGAAACUGAGCUGAAAUCACUGUGGAAGUCUCAAAAUCAGCUUGAAGAAAAAAUCCAUGAAAUGCAAGGCUUUAAAAAGGAGAUGGAUAAGCUGUGGGCCGAGAUCAGUGGCAUCAAUGAAGGCAUCCUGCUUUCUGCAAAGCAAAUCCUCGAGGACAGCAACAUCCCGGGAGAGAACAAAGAUCAAGUGCUUGCAAUGAUCAACCUGACUUUUAAGAAGAUAUAUGAGGAUCACGUACAAAUGGCUGAUUGGGCUCAAAAAACAAUAGGUGCCACCAUUGAUAAAGGCAGGACAUCUAAGAGUUACGAUCCUGAUAAUCUGGAGAACUGCUGGUUUAGGUCAUUGUUUAUGUCUUCAGCAAAGCCCCCUGAUACCGUUCUACAGCCAGAUGUUUAUCCUGGAAACUGCUGGGCUUUCCAAGGAUCUGAGGGCCAAGUAGUAGUUAAGUUGCCUGAAAAAAUACAACCAACAGCAGUUACAGUUCAGCACAUCUCCAAAGCAAUCUCUCCUUCGGGAGGAGUCACCAGUGCCUUGAAGGACUUCUUGAUUUAUGGCCUAAACGAGGAAACAGAAGAAGAAACUCUACUGGGGACAUUCAUGUAUGAUAUCGAGAAGGAAGCCAUUCAGACGUUCCAGCUGAAGAAUGAACAUGCAAACCAGUUUCUGUACAUAAAGUUCAAGGUGCAGAGCAAUUGGGGCCAUCCGGAAUUCACCUGCAUUUAUCGAGUCCGGGUGCAUGGGAAGAUGGUCAACUACUCGAGCCCUUUGGAUGAAGGCAGGGGGUGA